AUGACUGGCCAGAGACAGGAUUUACUAGUAUUCAGCGAUCAGAGUGUAAUAUCGCGUCGGUUACUGCAGGAUGGAAUGCACCAUCUAAUAAUGGUACCUCAUCGGCUUGGUACCUCUCCAAGGUGGCUAAUAAGCGCAUUAGCCGAGGCUUUUAUAUUUGGGACGCCUGUAUCUCUCAAUGAACAGCAAUCCGCGGCUGCGAAGGCCCAGCGGCCGCACAAUACGGAGGCCACAAGAGGGCCUGCGGUAACCGUGGCAUCCUUCAUGCACGAUGCAGCGCACUAUCAAAACGUGUUCAGUAAGCUGAAACUGCCUUCUCAGGCUGUGCGUAUAGUGGAUGUGUUCACAGACCUGGUAAAGCAAAACAUAGGCAAACCUGGUGCAGCGGUGUUGGAGCGUCUCUUAGAAAGCAUACCAGACCAGCGCAAUGGCGGUAUAAUCAUAGAGCAACCUGAGGUACUACUGUCUCUGUUUCGCUUGACGAGUGAUGAGCUUCACCUAAACUUCAUCAACCCUUUAAUGAAGAAAUGCGCUGUGCUGGUCGUCGUGACAUCGGUGGAUGGCUUCGACGGCGGUGAUUAUGAGCGUGCAUCCAAAGAUGCCAUAGAGUUCAUGCGGUUUCCGACAGCCGCAUUUCACAAGAGCAUUGCAGUGCUUUCUUUACGUCCAUUGGAUACAGGCAGGGCGAAGGACGUGACUGGCAUUUUGCAGGUCACGCAGGGAGGGUCGCUGGAGGAGAGCGAUGUGCAUGUUGUGGAGAAUGAGUACCUCUUCCACGUUCAGAAAGAAAGUAUAAAAUUGUUUUACCGAUAA